GGCCUAAUAACCAACGCCGGGUUCACACGUGAGUUUCCCCGUGCGCCGCGGUCCGUGAACGACUCGGCGAGCAAUUUUCGUUACAUCAUCCAAGCUUCUCCUUAGCCGCACGGGCUUCGCAGGCCUCAGUCGUUGACAGACAUGGCUCAGCAGUUCAAAGACAUGGCCAGUAAGCUGGGCAAGGGCGGCGGUGGCGCGCCCAGGGGGCUAGGCCUAGGCAUCAAGCUCAUAGCGGCCACCGCCGGCCUGGGUUACGCGGCCACCCAGUCCGUGUUCACCGUCGACGGCGGUCACCGUGCUAUCAUCUUCAACCGCUUCGGUGGCAUACAGGACGACGUGUUCACCGAGGGGUUGCACUUCCGCAUCCCGUGGAUACAGUACCCCAUCAUCUACGACAUUCGCUCGCGGCCGCGCAAGAUCUCGUCCCCGACGGGCAGCAAGGACCUUCAGAUGGUCAACAUCUCGCUCCGUGUGCUGGCUCGUCCCGACGCCGCCCAGCUGCCCACCGUGUACCGCAUGCUGGGCACCGACUACGACGAGCGCGUUCUGCCUUCCAUCUGCAACGAGGUGCUCAAGAGCGUCGUCGCUAAGUUCAACGCGUCGCAGCUAAUCACGCAGCGGCAGCAGGUCUCCCUGCUCGUCCGCAAGGAGCUCACCGACCGCGCCCGAGACUUCAACAUCAUCAUGGACGACGUGUCCAUCACCGAGCUGAGUUUCGGCAAGGAGUACGCGGCGGCCGUCGAAGCGAAGCAGGUCGCCCAGCAAGAGGCGCAGCGGGCCCAAUUUACCGUCGAGCAGGCGAAGCAAGAGCGCCAGCAGAAGAUCGUCCACGCCGAAGGUGAGGCCGAGGCGGCGAAGAUGUUGGGUGAUGCGAUUGCCAAGAACCCGGGAUAUCUGAAGCUGCGCAAAAUACGCGCUGCUCAGAACAUCGCGCGCACGAUAGCGCAGUCCCAGAACCGAGUCUACCUGAACGCCAGCUCGCUGAUGCUCAACAUCGCCGACAAGGAGUUUGACAUCACCCACAUAAAGCAGGGGCACAAGUAAGAGGCGACCGAUGGUUGACCUUCGCGGGCAGCCUUCCCCCUGGCCAGCUGACCAAUGAGAAAGUCAAGAUCGGAUUGACGCGUAGGCUAGACCGUUCGAAAGGAAAUAUUGGGAAGAAACAAGCAACGUCAGGGAAAGAAGUCGCGACGACGAGCUCCAUAUUGCAGUGCUGUGGCAUGUAUCGCAAUGAAAAUGUGUGUUUUGUCAUUGUGAUGCUCGUUGCAGCUGCCUUGUCACGACAUCAUCGUACGACACUGUGCUUUCUAUGGGAAAUGACUUAGUAUCUGAAAAUGCCCUGAGGUAUAGACACAACCCUUGGGUGCUUCCACUUUUCCGCCUUUUGUUUAGUGCAUUGUUAAAGAAUAAAACAUAGCCCCAUUUCGUUUAUUUCUAA